AUGAGGAUAUCUUUUCCCAAAUACCAGCAUCUAAUGUCCUGUCAUACUCUGAGUCUUCCAUACACUGUUCUCCUGUCUCUCUUGGUAUCUCUUGUGUUUCCUCCCAUGGGACAAUGGCAAGUGGUGGGUCCAGACAAGCCUGUCCAGGCCUUGGUGGGGAAGGACACAGUUUUAUCCUGCUUCCUCUCUCCUGCAUUUAUCAAUGCAGAGGUCAUGGAAGUGAGGUUCUUCAAGGAUCAGUUUUCUACUAUGGUCCAUCUUUACAGGGAAGGAGAAGAGCAGAAACAUAUGUAGAUGCCAGUCUAUCCAGGGAGAACUAUGUUGGUGAAGGACUUCAUAGCAGAUGGACAUGUGUCCCUGAGGCUGAACAACAUCACUCUCUUGGAUGCUGGUCUGGAUGGAUGCUGGUUCAGCUCCCAAACAUAUGAUCAGGAGGCCACCUGGGAGCUGCAGGUGUCAGCUCUGGGUUCAGCUCCUCAUAUUUCUAUCCUGGGAUAUGUUAAUGGAGGCAUCCAACUACUCUGCCAGUUCUCAGGAUGGUUCCCUCAGCCAAAAUUGAAAUGGAAAGAUCCAGAAGGAUAUGAUUUGCCCUCAGAUUAUAAGGUUGCUGAGGACAAGUAUGGUUUGUUUGAUGUGGAGACUUCCUUUACAUUUCAGGAAAAUGCUGGGAGAAUAUCAUGUUCCAUCCAGCUUACUGAACAAAGUCAAGAAGUGGAAUCCAGAAUAUGGAUAAGAGGGGUAUGGGAGGAUUCCCUCUAUGAGAAUCACAUUGUCUCUACUGUUCAGCUGUCACUAAAGGGUCUGUGCAAGGGUGUUUUUCAGACACCGUUUUCUAGCCUUCACCCUGGAGCCUGCCUUCUAUUGUUGUUGGGAUUACUCUUCUUUGGACUAUGUGUUGGAAUCACAGAGCUGAUAAUGAUUUUUUUCUCCAAAUCUGAAAGGAAAAUCCAUGCAGAAUUGAAUGAGUAUAUUGUCAUGUUCUGAGCCUUCCAUACACAAGUUCUUCUUUCUCCUGGGUCUUUUCUUGUUCCA